AUGGCAUUGACCAAGAAAGACGAUCAAAAUGCCUUUAAAUCUGUAUAUUUGGAAGCAGCUCAAUUGUUACUUCGAGACAGGAGAUAUGAUAAGGCAACGAUCAUGUACGAACGGGCGUUGAAAUCGACUCAAACUUUGCAAGAAAUCAGUGAAAAAGAGCAAGAUAGCGAGCAUGUACGGCAGGCAUUGAGUCUUGUAGGAGAUGAUAUUCAAAAUAGGGUCAAAGAGCUGAAACUGUUGGAACAGGCAGCGCAAGAAGUAGCUCAAGACAGUCAAAAUCAAAGCGAUCGUUCGGAAAUCACCGCUAUGACGGCAUUAAGGGAGAAGUCCUGGACAGAUAGUAAUUUUGCAACCGUAAUUGAAACUUAUCGAACGAGUUUACUGAAUUUACUGAAAGUUCAACUGGAGACAGAUUCCCGGUUUUCGACGUUGGAAGAUAUAGUGAACCAAAACGUCAUUUCGUUGUUAAGCGAUAUGGGCAUGUUAGAACAACGUAGAGUCGCACAAUAUGAGGCAAAAGUGGAGCAUCUUGCUCGGGAAAACAAGAAAAUGUCUAAUCAAAUCGUUAAGCUGAAAGAACGUUGGGGGAGUCUCGUUGAGAGCGCUCGUCAGAAAAGAAAACAAGAAAAAACAUGA